GCCACGCCCCGAGCCGAGCCGAGCUCAGCCGGACGGAGCCGAGCGAGGCCGAGCGCAGCCGAACCCAGCCGGACGGAGCCGAGCGCAGCCGAACGGAGCCGAGCUGGGCCGAGCCCAGCCCAGCCGAACGGAGCCGAGCGGAGCCGAACAGUCGCGGCUCGCUCUCGUGCGCGGCGCAGCGCGGUACCGCAGCGCCCAGCCCGGCCCUGCGGGGCGAAGCGGAGCGGCAGCCCCGGGGGGAGCCCGACCGCGUCUGGCACCGGGGAAGACGAUGAAGCUGUAGAGAUGCUUCCCUAUGUGAUUGCCACCCUGGGCUCAGCAGGGGCCGCCUGCAAAGCCUCCACAUGCAACAACAGUACCAAGGACUACUGCUACAGUGCCCGCAUCCGCAGCACUGUGCUGCAGGGGCUGCCCUUCGGCGGGGUGCCUACUGUCCUAGCCCUCGACUUUAUGUGCUUUCUUGCAUUGUUGUUUGUCUUUUCAAUUUUGCGUAAAGUUGCGUGGGACUAUGGACGUCUGGCCCUGGUGACUGAUGCUGACAGGCGCCGACGCUGGCAGACGGAGCGAGAGGAACGGGAAUACGUAGCCUCCGCCCUGCACUCAGACAACCAUGACCGCUACGAGCGCCUCACCUCCGUCUCCAGCUCUGUGGACUUCGACCAGAGGGACAACGGUUUCUGCUCCUGGCUGACAGCCAUCUUCAGGAUAAAGGAUGACGAGAUCCGAGACAAGUGUGGAGGUGAUGCGGUGCACUACUUGUCCUUCCAGAGGCACAUCAUCGGGCUGCUGGUGGCCGUGGGUGUGCUCUCUGUGGGCAUCGUGUUACCUGUUAACUUCUCAGGGGACCUACUAGAAAACAACGCCUACAGCUUUGGGAGGACAACUAUCGCUAACUUGAAUUCUGGGAAUAACCUGCUGUGGCUGCACACGUCUUUUGCCUUCCUAUACCUGCUGCUGACUGUGUAUAGCAUGCGCAGGCAUACCUCCAAGAUGCGCUACAAAGAGGAUGACAUGGUUAAACGAACUCUCUUCAUCAAUGGGAUCUCAAAAUAUGCUGAGCCAGAGAAGAUCAAAAAGCAUUUUGAAGAGGCCUACGCCAACUGCACAGUCCUGGAGGCCCGUCCUUGCUAUGAUGUAGCCCGGCUGAUGUUUCUCGAUGCGGAGAGGAAGAAAGCUGAGCGUGGGCGAAUCUACUUCACCAACCUACAGAGCAAGGAGAACACCCCAUCCAUGAUCAACCCCAAGCCCUGUGGCCACCUGUGCUGCUGCGUCAUCAGGGGCUGUGAGGAGGUGGAGGCCAUUGAGUACUAUACCAAGCUGGAGGAGAAGCUCAAAGAUGACUACAAGCGAGAGAAGGAGAAGGUGAACGAAAAACCUCUUGGGAUGGCCUUUGUCACCUUCCAUAAUGAAACCAUCACAGCCAUAAUCCUCAAAGAUUUCAACGCUUGUAAGUGCCAGGGCUGUGCGUGCCGUGGGGAGCCCAGGGCCUCCUCCUGCAGUGAGUCCCUGCAUGUCUCCAACUGGACUGUCAGCUAUGCCCCUGACCCACAGAACAUCUACUGGGAACACCUUUCCAUCCGGGGCUUCAUAUGGUGGAUCCGCUGCCUUGUGAUCAAUGUGGUCCUCUUCAUACUCCUCUUCUUCCUCACCACUCCUGCUAUCAUCAUCACCACUAUGGACAAGUUCAACGUUACCAAGCCUGUGGAGUACCUCAACAACCCCAUCAUCACCCAGUUCUUCCCCACCCUGUUGCUGUGGUGUUUUUCUGCUCUGCUGCCCACCAUUGUGUAUUACUCUGCCUUCUUUGAAGCGCACUGGACCAGGUCUGGAGAGAACAGAACAACCAUGCACAAGUGUUACACCUUCCUCAUCUUCAUGGUCUUGCUGCUGCCAUCACUGGGCCUGAGCAGCCUGGAUGUGUUUUUCCGCUGGUUGUUUGACAAAAAAUUCCUUGCUGAAGCUGCCGUGCGAUUUGAGUGUGUGUUCCUGCCAGACAACGGGGCCUUUUUUGUCAACUAUGUCAUCGCCUCUGCCUUCAUUGGGAACGCCAUGGACCUGUUGCGCAUCCCUGGCUUGCUCAUGUACAUGAUACGCCUCUGCCUGGCCCGCUCGGCCGCCGAGCGGAGGAACGUCAAACGACACCAGGCCUAUGAGUUCCAAUUUGGAGCUGCUUAUGCCUGGAUGAUGUGUGUCUUCACUGUGGUCAUGACAUACAGCAUUACUUGCCCCAUCAUCGUCCCUUUUGGGCUCAUGUACAUGCUGCUUAAGCACCUGGUGGACCGAUACAACCUGUAUUAUGCAUACCUGCCUGCCAAGCUGGACAAGAAAAUCCAUUCAGGGGCUGUGAACCAGGUGGUGGCAGCCCCCAUCCUCUGCCUCUUCUGGCUUCUCUUCUUUUCUACUAUGCGUACAGGAUUCCUGGCCCCCACUUCCAUGUUCACAUUUGUGGUUCUCGUGAUCACCAUUGUGAUCUGCCUGUGUCACGUCUGCUUCGGGCACUUCAAAUACCUCAGCGCUCACAACUACAAGAUUGACCACACGGAGGUGGAUGCCAUAGAAAGCAGGCAGAAUGGGAGACCUGCCACCAACCUGCCGGCUCCCAAAUCAGCUAAAUACAUUGCCCAAGUGCUGCAGGAUUCCUCACCGGAGGGUGAAGCGACGGAGUCGGAGGAGCAGGGGUCGCAGGACGAGGAGCUCAUCAACGCAGAUGGCAUGAAUGACACAGAUUUCCAGUCGUGUGAGGACAGCCUGAUAGAGAAUGAGAUCCACCAGUAGGGACCUCGGAGGGCAGGAAGGGAAGGAGGCCCAGGAGCAGGGCAGGCUGUGUGCAGGGAGACCCAGGGAGAGGCACCCGAGAGUGCUGGCCACUGCCCUUGCCCGCCCGCCCCCCAGGGCUGCUGCCUUCAGUGAGGGCAGGGGCCCUGCUGUGAGCUCUUGAUUUCUCUGCCCUUCCACCCCUGCGCUGGCCUGGCAGCUCAGCAGGCAUGAUCUUUACUAGCUACCUUCUUUAAUGCGUCUCCAGACCCCAAAACUCCAGGGGCUGGGGAGGAGGGGACUGUGACCCCGUGGUGCUGCUCUGGACCUGCAGGGAGGAAGAAAGUGGGGUGCUUUAUUGGGAGGUGUGCAAGGGGGAAUACUUGGGGUCUUCUCAGCAGGCCUCUCUGUUCCAUGUCAUCCUGGUAAGAAACACUAAUAAUUUCUUAGAUUUACAGGAUUGUGAUAAAUGGAAAGCUUUAGUCGAUGUAUUGGAAGCUCCACCUCAGGACUGGGUGGCUUUUGUUGCACCUUCUCCGUAUGCCCACACUCUCAACUCCUUGCAGCGUCCAGGAGCUGAGCCAGGCACAAAGAGGUGUAGUGACAGAGUUCCUCACCACCACGGGGAGGAUGACAGCCUGGCCUUGGGGUCAGGGAUGGCAUCACCCUGGGGAAUGGGCACGGGGUUUGUGUGAGCUGGGCAGCCCCUUGCAGGGUGAGGGGUGCCACGCGCAUUCCUUGCAGACAGCCUCUCACAGGCCCUGUCCCCUCUGUCCCCAGGAACACAGGCAGGGGAUUGCAGCAUCAUUUUAAGUGGCAUCUAUUUUUGCACAUUUUACUUUUCAAACAAGAAUUAAUGUGACCCCUGUGUGGUACCGCAACCCCCUUUGCUGGCCUGUGUCUGUACAGCAGGGUGAGGCCUGGGAGUGGAGAGGCUGUACUGGUAGUCUACUGGGUGCCAGGGAGAGGGGAGAAGGGGUCCUAGACUGCAGGCCCUUGGCACCCUAUGAGGUUAGCACUGCCUGGUUGUGACAGGGCCCCAUAAGAUGCCUUCCCUGAGCUGCCAUGGCAUCUUUCCCUAGCUGAAGCUAGUCAGAGAAGGGAGGGAGUCCUGGUAGAGCAGCCCCUGGGGGAGCCUUCUCCAAGCAAGCCCACUAUCUUCAGGAGCACAAAAUUAUUGUGGGGCUGUGCUGGCUUUCUUCACCUGCUCUGGCUGGUUGUAGGCUCCCCUGGCAUUACCCAGCCUGCAAGAGGCGGCUAUUCCUCCCCUACCUCUGCCUGUGCCCCCUCUCUUGUGAUAGCUAUGUCCCAGAGGCAGGCAGGAGACAGGAUAGACGGGAGAGAUGGUCUGGAGCCUCUGCCACCUGCAGGGAGGUCUGGCCCUGUUUAGAGGCUCUUUGUAAGGAGAUUUCUGGUGAGAUCAGUUGCCCUCAAUUGCUUCCCCCCUCCCCUUGUGUAAAAUAUAAAGGAAAAUAAUAACUCUCCCUGCUAUUGAACUAUAUUUAUUUCCCUCAACCCCCUGCCACCAUCCUGUUUGGUGCUCAUUGCAGACACUACCGCCCUCCCUUUGCUUGUCAUCUGUGGGUGCUGCUGCAUUGGCUCGCUGGGGCCAUGCCCUCCAGGGCCUGAAAGGGACAGUCCUUUACCUUGUCAGUUAUUCGGGCUGGCCCUGGAGCUCCAAGCACUUUAUAGACCUGAACAAGUGAAGUGUCAGCCCUGCCCAGCUCUGCUUGGAGGAAGGGCAGUCACUUCUCAUGGCUUUUCUCCCCCUCGCCCAUUAGAGGAGGGGAGCCAGCCUGACAGAGCAGGCUGGGAUCUACUCCAGGGACGGUGCAGAUGACUUUCCUGUACACCUCUCUAUAGGAAUCCCAGGCCCGGAGGAAAGGGGAGAUAGAGAGGAAGAAAUGUGGGUCUUUAAUGCAUGGGGAGGGCAGGCCACCCCUGGUCCCAGGGCUUGGAGGGCUGGAACACAUUCAGAUGGAGAGGGCCACAGUGAGCAUCGCCUGUUGUCUCCAGGGAUGGGUUAGAAAUGAAAUGAGCAUGCGAGCUGAGAGCUCCUGGUCCGCUCCCAGGCUGGGUCAGGGAGGAUGUUGAUCCUGCUUCUCUAUUCUUGCACUCACCUACCGCCCUUGCCCUCGGUCCAGCAGGCGGUCUGGGAUGCUCCAGUCUCUCUGUAGGUAGGGCUGUGGGCCAGGGCUGCCUCUGCGGCUCUCGGGGCUCUGCCUGCAGAGCUGUGUGUUCUGAGUGGCACUGUCUGUGUAGAGAUGUGUAUAAUACCCUGUAUAUAUUUGUGUACAAA